CCUCUGUUACAAAUAAGACUUUUGUUAAUAUAAGGAGAAGAUCAUUGGUGUGACUUCCACCCAAAUGGAGGUUCAGGUGUUGGUGUUGGUGUUUGCCGUGCUGUGUUUGGUGUGUGUGUGGACGGAGGACAGGAUUCCCCCGUCAGACAGACACGCCGUCUACUGGAACAGCUCCAAUACCAGGUUUUGGAAUGGAGAGUACACCGUAGCCGUGAACAUCAACGACUACCUGGACGUGUACUGUCCGUACUACGAGGAGCCGCAGCCGCUGAGCCGGAUGGAGCGCUACAUCCUGUUCAUGGUCAACCACGACGGCUACACGACCUGCGAACACCGCAUGAGGGGGUUUAAACGCUGGGAGUGUAACAGGCCGCAGAACGUCGACGGGCCGCUACGCUUCUCCGAAAAAUUCCAGCUCUUUACACCGUUCUCGCUUGGCUUCGAGUUCCGCCCCGGACACGAGUACUACUACAUCUCGUCUCCUCACCCCAAUCACGCUGGAAAGCCCUGUUUGAAGCUGAAGGUUUACGUGAAACCAGCCGACGGUUCGGCGUUCGAGUCUCCGGAGCCGUUCCUGAUCGACCGAAGCGUGACUGUGGAACUUCACUUGAGUGUGUUAAUGUUGUGGGCGGCUGCGUUGGUCCUGAUGGUGAUGCGAAUGUAGGAUUUGCAGUUUUAUUCUCUCCUUUUUGCCCCUCAGGGAAGUGUCUCUGCCCUUCUUCUGCCCCACGCGUGCUAAUGAGCACUAAAGCUACAACACUAAACAGAACGAUGAGGUCUGUCACUGAGGAACAGAUGGAUUGUCGUUCUUUUUUUGGGGAGGGGAGGGGGCGGGGUUUGUUACGUGACAUGAUGCAUGGAUACUAAACGCAGCAACGUGGCUUUUUUUUCUUUGCUUUCUCCAACAUGAUUAAUGGCAUGACAUCUGAGAACGAGUUCAGUUCGGAAGAAACUCCUUUUUAAAGGGACGUUUUGGGAUUCCUCACCU